AGUUCUCAGAGAGGCAGUGACUGCAGCAGCACAGCAGCUGUCAGGACCACCAGAGCAGUUCAGAGUAUGGCCCAGAGCGUGGUCUACGCCGACCUGAAGUUUGCCAUGGCCCCCCCACUCACCUCCCCCACCUGCCACGCAGCCCCCGAUGAGGAUGACAGCCCCUAUGAGAACAUGCCGCCGGCACCGGUGCCCGUGGCACCCAGCCCAGGGCGCCGGCCCCGGCAUUGGCGUGUCGCUGUGAGGCUGCUGGCAGCCAGCCUGCUGCUGCUGGUGGCCACCGUGGUGGCCCUGGGGACUUGCUACUGGCAGGUCACCCACAGCCUGCAGGACGCCUCCCGGGAGCACGCGGCCGAGCGGGGCCGCCUCUCGCAGGAGGUGAGGGCACGGGAGCAGAGCCUGGAGCAGAUGCGGCUGGAGCUGGCGUGGGCCAUGGCAGAGCUGCAGCGAGCGUGGCGGGAGGGCAACAGCAGCCGGCAGGAGCUGGGCAACCUGAACGUCAAGCUGGGGCACACCAGGCAGGAGCUGGCUGUGCUGCAGGAGGAGAUGCAGGAGGUGCAGGGGGAGCUCAGGGCCAGCAAGAGUACUGUGAGCAGCCUGCGUGCCUGCGUGAAUACAGAUUGCUGCCCCUCAGGCUGGGUGCUCUACAGGGGCAAGUGCCUCUUCAUCUCGAUGAGCAGGAAGACGUGGUGGGAAAGCCGUCAUGACUGCAGAAUGAAAUCUGCUCAGCUGCUGGUCCAAGGCAACUGGCCAACCUGGACACUGCCGCAAUUUUUGGUGAUGAGUGAUGAAGCGUACUGGAUUGGAGCACAAUUUUCUUCUGACUCUAAGAGGACUGUUGUAUGGCAGGACAGCAAGCAGUUCUACCCGCCCAACCAUUCUACAGAGUGUGGCAUGUCAGCUGACGGGAAUAUAGAAAGUUCAAAAUGUGUGAGAAAGUACCAGUGGAUCUGCGAGCAGCCCCCGAUGCUGAGCAGCCCAUCCAAGACCUCCCUUUCUUUCCUGGACAAGGACUGACUGUGCUGCCACCCACCUCUGUCACAGGACUCAGGGGCAGGAGCUGGGGGUACACCCCAAGACCCUCUCCGCUGUGCACACGAUGUCUCAACCACAACAAAGCACUGGGGGACAGUGUCUGUAUUAUAAAGCAAGGCUCACGGAAAGCAGAUUUUACUCCCCUCUUUCACACUCAUGCAUACACUUGUAUCACCUUGCACCAGCCUUCUGCGUAUCCCUGUGUGCCUGCAUUAGCCAGUACAGCUCACAGUGACCCAAAACCCCAGUGUGGAGUCCAGCCCCCCCCAGCUGUGCCCCCCCAGGGCUGAUGGUGCUGCACUAGCACUGCUGCAGAAUGUGCCAUCUGCAUCUUUUCAGGGCUGGGGGGUAACAGUGCCAUUGGCAUCCCCAACCUGUCCCUUCCCACAGCACUGACAGCUCCCAUCCUGCCAUUUCUCCUGCCUCCAUAAUCUGCCCAGGGCUUUGGGCUGGCCCCAACCUGGGAAGGGUGCAAGAGUGGUGCCACCAGACGCAAAACUUCUGGAAAGCCCU